AUGGAUUGCAUCGGAUCCGAUACCGAGAUGAUGGACAUCUCCAGCACGUACGAUCGCACCAUGUCGGUCACGAUAGUGCUGUUCUACACGUUCGUCACGCUGUUUAUGUUUCUGUCCUACAACCCGAAGCCGAAGAAAAUCAUCGAAUCGAUCCGCAGCUUCCUGCUGCAUCUGCUCCACCAGCACAACGGCGAUGAGGGCGGCGGUCUGCCCACGCCGACGUCGGCUUGCGCCGGCCCGCCCGGCUCGGACGAGUGUCUGCCGAAGGUGAAAUCGAUCUGGGACAUACCGGGACCGAGGCGUUUGCCCUUGAUCGGUACCAAAUGGCGAUACUUUCUCGGUCGGCAACGGUACGCCAAGGUGCACGAAACGUUCGUGGAGAUGCAUCGGCGCUACGGUCCAAUCAUGCUCGACGUUGACACGGUCCCGAUCGUGAAUCUGUUCGAUCGUGCCGACAUGGAGAAGGUGCUGAAGUACCCGAGCCGCUAUCCCUUCCGGCCGCCGACGGAAAUUAUCGAGGUGUAUCGCAGCAGCCGACCGGACCGGUUCGGGGUGACCAAUCUGAUUAAUGCGCAGGGUGAAAAGUGGCACGAACUGCGCUUGAAGCUGACCACGGGAAUUACCUCCCGACGCAUCCUGCAAUCCUUCAUACCAUCCGUCAAUGAGAUAUGUGAUGACUUUGUGGAGUUGGUGCGCCAUCAGCGGGCAGAGGACGGAACGAUCCGGAACUUCCAGGACAUAGCCAACUCCGUUGGGCUGGAGAUUAUCUGCUGCCUGGUGUUGGGACGGCGAAUGGGCUACUUGACGACAAAUAGACAGAACGAAAAAUUUAUGCGACUUGCCGAAGCCGUCAAGGAGUCGUUCGUUUACAUCGGCGAGAGCUACUACGGGUUUAAGCUGUGGAAGUACGUCCCGACGCGACUCUACCGUAACUUUGUCCGCUGUGAAGAAAUCAUCUACGAUACCAUCGCAGAGAUUGUGUACGAGGCGCUCGAGGAAGAACAGCUCAACUGUCCCGACAACGACGUGAAGCACAUCUUCAUCAGCAUUCUCCAGACGGAAGGACUGGAUACGAAGGAGAAGAUAUCCGGCAUCAUCGACCUCAUUACCAGUGCCAUAGAAACGCUUUCCAACACACUCUCCUUUUUGCUGCACAAUCUCAGCCAGUCGCUCCAGCAUCAGCGUGAGAUUGCGCAAGAGUUUAGCCACUGUGUGCAGCACAUCACCAACGAUGAUCUUGUGAACGCUCGCUUCACCAAGGCAUGUAUCCAGGAGUCGUACCGCCUGUCGCCAACAACGCCCUGCUUGGCGCGAAUUCUCGAGGAAGACUUCCAGCUGUCCGGCUAUCAUCUGCAGGCGGGAACGCUCGUGCUGUGCCAUACGCGUGUUGCCUGUCAAAGUGAGGACAACUUCCAUCAUGCAGAUCGCUUCCUGCCGGACCGUUGGCUCGAGCAGCGGGAUGAAAACCACAACGUCGUGUACAAGCGGCAGGAACCGGGUGCAUCGAUUGUCCUGCCCUUUGGCAUCGGUCGCCGUAUGUGUCCCGGGCAGAAGGUGAUCGACAUCGAGCUGACCCUGCUGGUGGCAAAGAUAUUCCAAAACUUCGAGAUCGAUUAUCGCAGUCCCCUCGAUACACAGUUCCAGUUCCUGUUGGCACCACGCACACCGAUAGAGAUUAGGUUCCGGGAUCGAACGUAA